UGGCCUCUUGCCCGGGGCGGGGGUGGGGCGGGGCCUAUUCUGGCCUGUUCUGGAGCCGCACCCGAGCUGUGCGGACCUGAGCUGAGCUGCGCAGCUUCAUUCUGCACCCGGCGAAGGUGAUCCAGAGUCUGCAAGAUGGCUGUCCUCUCUAAGGAAUAUGGCUUCGUGAUUCUAACUGGUGCUGCCAGCUUUGUGAUGGUACUCCACCUAGCCAUCAACGUUGGCAAGGCCCGCAAGAAGUACAAGGUGGAGUAUCCUAUCAUGUACAGCACAGACCCUGAAAACGGGCACCUCUUCAACUGCAUUCAGAGAGCCCACCAGAACACGUUGGAAGUGUAUCCUCCCUUCCUAUUUUUUCUAGCUGUUGGAGGUGUUUACCAUCCGCGCAUAGCUUCUGGCUUGGGCCUGGCCUGGAUUGUUGGGAGAGUCCUGUAUGCGUAUGGAUACUACACCGGAGGUAAGCACAUGCUGACAUCUACCAAGGUAACAAAUUUUAAAUUAUAUGUAGUACUGGUGUUUGAGCUCAGGGCCUGGUGCUUGCUAUCACUCAAGCCAUGCCUCCAUGUUUGUUUUCUGCAGUUAUUUUUGAAAUGGAGACUUUCAAACUUCUGCUGAAUUUCAUUUUUUUUUUAAAAAAAGGGAAAUACUUUCAAAAGCCCUAAAUCAGAGUUGCUUUAAUAAGGGCCAGGCCAUUGGCAUGCAUGCUCUCACACAGGGAGUGCAUGUAGGUUAGGCCAGGUUGUCAGAUGUUCAGACAUACAUGCCGAUAGCAUAGCUUGUGGACGCUCUAUUGGGUAACUUUCUGCUUUCUUCUUUUUCAGACCCCAGCAAGCGAAACCGAGGAG